AUGGAGUUCAAUUACGAACGCAAGUUCCAGGAGAUGAAAAAGUACAUUCCAUUUUUGGAAAGUAUGAUCAAAAGACUGGAGAAAAUGAAUUCUCCCGAGAAUCCACGACAGGCUCAACUCGAUAAAAUAAAAUCCUUGAGGGAUCUUCUGAUGGAUAAAAGGAAAAGGAUGAAAAUGGAUAAUUUGCUCAAGUGCGAACAAGUUUUAUUCAAUUUGUAUACAAAAGUAGAGAAGAAAAAGUCACGAGAACCAGAUCGAAGUACAAACUCGGAAACUCGGAACUCGGAAGAAUCGAGAAAUACAAAUUUAAAUGUAGUGAGGAACAAACUCAAGACAGUGGCAUCCAAAUUACACACCCAUGGCAAUGACACACUACCGGAAAUUGCAAGGGCAAAUGAUGUUGAAGAAUCAUGUGUUCCAGGAAGUAAAGAACCUGCCCUAUUUCAGCGAAGACCUAACAUAUCUUCAUCAACACGAAGCAUAUUUCCAGGAUGUGAAAAGGAUUUUCCACCUAAAAAUACUGAAAAGGAGUACUCUCACCUACUAUUAUCACCGGACCGCAACCCUAAACCUUAUACAAAAGAUUACUCAGACGAACAAUCAUUGUUUGUAAGAAGAUCACCUAAAAAAUCACACCGAGUAGUCUCACCUUCUUACAAUAGAAAAGAACGAAAGAAAUCUUUAGAAGAAGAUGUUAAGGUUAGUAAAUUAAAAGAUCUUAAUAUUACUCUUCAAGUUCCCGAAGAUAGUCUUCAUUCACUUAAUACAAAGGAUAUUGUAUCCAGAAUUAUUAAUUGUAAUGAUAAUGAUGUUGACAUUGAAACCUUGCGCGGGUUAAGAACGCAAAUAUUGGGAGAACUAAAAGAAACUGGUUCAAAAGAAGAUAUUUCAGAUAUUAUAAUAAAAUCUUAUAAAAAGGACGAAAAAAACAAGAAAUCUGAAGAAGUGGAAGAAGGUGAACUUUCAGAUAGUGAAAGCGAGACCAUUGAAAAUAUUUAUGGCAGUUUAGUUGUAAUGAAUAAAGAUAAAUCUAAUAAAAUUGUGCAAUCUGAUAAUUUGGCCACGACAAAGCCUUGUAAAAUUCAAAUUUGUUUGGUAAUUAAUCCAGAGAAACAAAAAGAGAGUCUACCAAUUGAAAACAAUAAAAGUAACACGAAUCUUGAUAUCUCUGAUUUUGAAUUAUUUGAAAAUGUAGACAAGCAAAAUAAUAAAACACUUGAAUCUGCAAAAGCUAGUAAUACUAGUAAUCAACAUGAUGUUAUAAAACCAAACGUUUUGCAAAAACAAACUUCUGUAGAAACCACAUCUGAAACGCAAGUAUUUAGAAAUGACACAUCUCAAUCUGAAAUAAGUAAUAAAUCGAAACAAGAUGCUUCUCACAACGCACAGGGUAUUCAUUCAAUUUUAAAUGAUAACAACAGAAUUGACUCGUUGACUAAAUCGUUGUCUGAAAGUGCUCAUGAUGAAGAAAAGGAUCAUACUUCAUUGGAAGAAAAUCAAAGUUUCUCAGAAAUUACUCAUAAUGACCCUAAUAGUUUUAAUGCUUUAACUAGCAAACAGGAUGUAGAAAUUCCUUUGCUCAAUUCUCAAAAAAGUCAAUCUAACUCUGAUAAAAAUGAAGUAUCAGAAAUUGAUAUUUUGCAAGCUUUGAAAAACGAAAUUUUGAGUGAAACGUCUAAUGUUCUUAGCUCAGAUGUCGAAGCACCUCUUUUUCAGCCUAAAGUAACAAAAGUAGCAAAUGCCGAAGAAAUAGGAUAUAAGAAGAGGAUAUCUAUUGAAAAAUAUAAGGCUAAAGCUACCAAUAAAUCGCUACCAAAUUGUGAUACCGAGAAUAAUUCCCAAGAAGACGUUUUAAAGAAACAAAGUCUUAAACUCACUGAAAAGGAAUGCGAGCGGUUUUUUUCGACUAAAAGAUGGUUUGAAUCUUUUUCUGAUACUGAAGAUACAUCCAAUUUGUCAGUCGACGAUGUUUAUGAACAUUUAGCACCAAAAUCGCCUGAUCAUGAGGAUUUUUCAGAUACGGGUAUUAAACCACCUAUAAUAAUACCUAUUGACCCAGUUGAAACGCCGGUCGUAACGUCAGAAAAAGAUAUAGACAUGAGACAGAUUUUGCCACAAGACGUAGGUAACAUUAUUACCCCUUUACCAAUUCACCUCGAAAAUUCAAAUGUUUUCGCUAAAGAAGGUAUGUUAUUCGAUAAUAAUGGGCUGCAAAUAUCAAAUUUGACUGACCCUCGAAUGAACAGAGAUGUUACUAUCAUGAAUCAUCAAGCACAAGGAAUUUCUGUCUUAUCUUCAAACCACCCUUUAAACCCAAUAAACUCAUUAAACGAAAAUUUCUCCCCUAAUUUCAACCAAAUCAUGGCGAUUAACAUGCCUGGAUCUACUCCUAACAUAAAUGUCAAUUUGCCUCCAAAUAGAGCCGCUGUGACUUUGUCCCCCAGGUUGGCGCCAAAUUUGACACCGAAUAGAAUACAAAAUAUAGGAGGAAGUAUGACUCCGAAUAGCCUAAAUAGUUCAAUGCCUUUUGAUACAACACCAUCCAGAAAUUCAUUUGAUAAUGAUGAUAACCACAAAAAUUUGAAUACAAUAUAUCAAAAUUUUGAGUCUCAGGCUUAUAAUGAAAAAGCACGAAAGUCGCCAUGGUCCAAUGAUGUUCCAUUUUGGGAAGACGUUGAAAUACCAAUAAAAACCUCCAAUAAAAUAUCUGUCAGGGAAAAUCAACUUAAUUCAAUAAACAGUUCAAACACCUCCAAUAAAACCUUCAAUAAAAUAUCUGUCUGGGAAAAUCAACUUAAUUCAAUAAACAGUUCAAACACCAUUCCAGUUUGGGAAGACGUUGGAAACUUGAGAAAACCAUCUAAAGUGCGGGAUAACGAAUAUAUGGCAACAUAUGAUAGAUACAAUGUUGAAUCAAGGGAGCCAUAUAUAAGAAACGACGCCCAAGCGGCAUCUAGACAUUCAUUUAGAAGGAUAGAUUGCCCUUCAGCGACAAUUACAUCUUUUAGUCGUUAUGAUUGUCCACCUACUCCGACCCAUCCCUUUGGUAGGCAAGAGGCUUCGAUGACUUCUUCCCAUAAUUUUGGAAGGUCUGAGUACACACAAGUUGCCUUUGCACAAAAAUUCAAUAAAUCCCAGGAUCGAAGAAUAUAUAGAAAUCCAGAUUAUGAUAAUUAUCAUGCGCGGGAUCGAGACAGGGAACGAUAUGAUAAUUAUGAGUCAAAAUUUAAUUCAAUUUCUCAUGAUUCGGAUCAGUGUAAUAGGUUUAAUCGUUUAGAUACGUAUAGGCAGCAUGUGGGAAGACAAGAUAGAAAUAAAUUUUAUGAACAAAAUGAAAGUAAUUUUCGGGAGCCACUGUCCCGUCGAGAAACUGACUGUCGACAAUAUAACAGGGAACUAGAAGGAGAACGUUUUUUUACUAGACAUCGGGGGGGUUCUUCAAAUUAUAACCAUCGCCGUCAAAAUGAAUCGAAUAGUUAUGACAAAAGAAAUCGACGUUGCUAUAAUAUCGAAAGAUCAAAUAGCAAAAAUACAAGGGAUUUGUCGCCAUCGUUACCUCAGUCACCUCAGACUUUAGGAUCUGUACUUUCAAAAGAUAAAAAAAUUGGCGUUCAUUCUGACUUUGGUAACUCACUUUUAAUCGAUAAGAGUUCUAAAAAUUCGUCAAUUGAAACCAAAUCAGGUGAUAAACCCAAAUUUGACGCUCGUAGGCAACGCGCUUCUAGCGUCGGAAGGUCGAUUUCCAGCAACUCCAAUGAGAGUCGAGGUUUCCACGUAUCAAAACAAUCUUUGAGCAUAACAAAAAGUGAAACUAUGAGAAGGUCUUUUCAAAGAUCAAGUAGUGUUGGAAGAGAAAUUAGGGGGGGCAUCGGUAAUUUUAAAGACGUAAAAGAAUCCUUAAAAUCGUUUAAAUUAAAAUCGGACUCGACUGUCUCAAGUUACUUUAAGAAAACAGAAGAACCUGGCAGAGCUGUGUCUUUCGUAACAAGUUGUAAGUCGUCCAAUAAAAGAGAAAUAUUCGAGUCAGGAAAAAAAUCAUUCAAUGCUUGUCUAAGAUAUUCACCAAGAAAAAAUAAUAGAGAUCCAAGAAUGUGCCGAGAGUCUUACGGGAUAAAAAAUAAGUUUAAAGAUAAGAAAAACGACUUACGAGAUUCUAAACAUUGUGGCAUAGUUUACACAAAUGAUAACAUUACCAAAGGAACUAUUUUAGGAUCUGGAUACGGUGUUAAAAAUUACAAAAUACCGAAAAUAAAGCGAAACAGUGAAAUAACAGAGACAGUUCUUAGUGAUAGCAUUCAAGGAAAUGAAAUAAAAGACAACGCGGAUAAUGAUUGUCAAAAAGCUGCAAAGGGAAGUGAAGACAAAAACAAAUCCCUAAUUGAUUUAUCGGGUCAAAGUCUUACAAAAGAUGUUAAAUUGUUAUCAGGUGCAGAGGAGAGGAUGGAAGGUAAAUAUGAAAUUCAAGCUGUAAUAAAUAAAACAGAUAUUGAAUCCGACAGCGAAAAGCAGCUUAAUAAUAUUCAGCAUUUGAAAGAAGAUAAAAAUGUUAUUGUACCUGAAACUUCUACUGUCAAUGAAAGAAGGGUAACUAGAUCUGACACAAAAAAUGUUUCUGUAGAAAAAUCUUUUAGAGAAAAAUCACCUAUCCUAAUGACAAGAAAACUGAAGACAUUACAAAAAAUUAAAUCGGAUACCGACGAUAAUGAUUCCAUCAUAUCCAUUCAGAAAGAUAAUUCUAUAGAAAAUAAUAAAUUGAAUGCGGCCAUAAAAGAAAAACCAAAUGUUGACUAUAAAUCACUAUUGUGUGCUGCCAAUCAUUGUGAAAGAACGAAAAAUGAAUUCAUAAAUUCUGAAGUGGAUGAUAUUGAAAUUUUUUCUGACAAUUUCAUAUCAAAUCAGAUAGAUAAUAUAAAUGAUUUAAUUGCGGAUUUAGAUGACGAUUUAGAGUCACAUAAGAUUUUAGACUCUGAUAGUACUGAUUUUUCAAAAGACGUGAGUAUUGAAAAUCUAAUAGAAAACGAUUCAAACCCAUGUAAAAAUAACAAAUUAAAUAUACCUAAAAAUGUACAAAUUCCCGGUUUAAUGGUUUCGACAGUUGUACAGAAUGUAAAAACGGAUGAUACCAGUUUGGUUACAACAAAUAAUGAAAAGGGAAUUAGUUCCAAACAAGAAGACAAACAAGAGAGUAACUUAGAAAUUGGUAACACUAAAGAAGAAUGCAUUUCAGGUGAUAUUUUAAUUAACGAAGAAAACAUAAUGCCUCUUACACAAAUGACAAAAAAUGUUGAAUUAAAUAAUGAGGCUGUAGUGUCCACCACUUUCAAUCAUUCGGAAAAAAGACCAGCUAAUAACAGCGAAGUCCGUAAAAAAAUUACUGGUGAUGUUGAUGAAAUGAAAACACCUGAUAGAAUUAUUGAAAAUAGUGACGUUCCCGAGACCAAAUUGGAUGGAAAUUGUCUGGAAAUGACUAAGAAACCCACAAUAGAAAUGAUGGAUUCUGAUUUCUCUUCGACUGACAAUAACGUGAAAACAAAAGCGGAUAUGAUAGAAUCCAGUUUACCUUCUACAAACAAAACGCAAAUAGAAUCUAUUGGCAAGCUUUUAUCAAUCUUACAGGAUAAGUCAAAGAUAAAAGAACUUCUUGGUUUGUUAGGAGAUCAAUCCAGUGAGUGCGAAAAAAUUAAAAAGAAAUUAGAGAAACUAAGCGAACUUGUGUCUGACGAUGAAGAGGUCAUCAACGAUACAGAAACAAAGAAUAAAGAAGAAAGCCAAAAUAAGGAUAAAGAUCCUGAAUCUCAGUCGAAAACUCAACAAAUUGUAGAUAUUGUGAAUUCUAACGAUAAAACUAAAUCUAAUGACAAUGUAGGUGAAGCAGUUUCAGAAUCGAAUAAUUUUAGUCCUCAAAAAGAAAUACUUUGUCCAUUAGAAAUAAAUAUGGAAGACUGUGAAAGGCUCUUAGAAAUAAAAUCUGCAAAUAAAGAAAAGGAAGGACCAAAUACGGUCGAAAAUAAUGUUAAAACGGUCAUUAAAAAAGGUUCUGUUCCUAAAAAGCGAAAAAAGAAAACUUUUAUAAAGAAAACGUGUAAAAAAAAUAGUCGUUUAGCUCAAUCAGAUACCGUAGAAGUAAAGUUUGGGAACCCUUCCGUAAAAAAGCUAUCUAGAGAAUUGAAAAAUUUACAAGAUGACAUAAGAGAAAUGUUCAUAAGAGAUGACGUGCUUAAUUCGACUGGAAUAAGAAAGUGCCGUAUGGCAAAAUUGGCUGAUCGAAAGCGCAACAAACAACAAGAAAGUAUUGCUCAUGGUGAACCUAAACCGAUAGUAGUUCUAAAAAAAAUUAAAGAUAUUAUGGGGUGUGGAGAGGACGCUGCAUCUAUUGAAAAAGGAAAAAAGGCUAAGGGCAAAAAAAUAUUUGAAAAUGAAAUAAAAAACAAAUCGGUACAAACUUCUACAGUUAAACCUACAGAAAAUAAAAGUGAUCCGUAUGAUUUUGAGACAGACUCUAUAAAAGGUACAAGUAACCUUAGUGAUAAAAACGAUAGUUCGGGAUCAGAUUUCGAAUCCUUAGGUUCAUCGAAAAGAUUCGGUAGCAAUGAACUUUUAACGGAAAUUAAGAAAACAAAACGCAGACGUCGUAAAGGAUGGAGAUCUGGAAUUAUAAAGUCCAAAUGUAGAAAGAAGUCAAUUAAUCAGAAACAAGAUGAAAAUAUUACCGAAAAAGAAUCCGUAAUACCCCAAGUUGAUGUUACCAUACCUGACUUGAAUUGUUACAUUGACAAAAUGUAUUGCUUCCGGAAGAAAAACACUACUUAUGAUUGUCGUCUUUGUAUCUUUAGUGGUGAAGAAAUAGUACAUCAUUAUAAAAAGCAUCAUCCUUGCUCAGAAAUUCCAUGUUCACGAAUGAGUCCAGCUGUCGCAAAGUCAGCGAUAACAGAAUCAAAAGAAGUCAAUAUUCAAGCUAUUAGUAAAGUAACUUCAAAAAAAUUUGUGUGCCGAUUUUGUUUCAAGGAAUUUUCUAGAAAUAAGCCCUUAAUUGAAUCAUUCUUUUGGCACGUCGUAAGCGUGCACACUGGUGAAUAUAAACAACUUUGUUCAGAAGGUAGUAAUGACAAUAGCAGUCCAUUUAUUUUAGAUAUCCCCCCGCCUCCUACAGAAGCGAAAGGUCAAUUACUCGGUUACAUAUGUGGAGAAUGUAAUUACACUCAAAUAUCUGUAGAAAAUCUAAAGACACAUUUAAUUUUGAGACACAAUGACGAACCAACUCCAAUUUAUAAUAUUAAUUUGGCUUCUUUGACUCGACCAUAUAUCAAUAGUAUUUUAAAAGAAAUGGCGAAAGAUAAUGAAAAUAUACAAAACGAUAAGGAACCUUCUCGAGUGCUGAGAAGUUCCUGUUCUAACAUCAGUUUUUCUGAAAUUGUACAACUUGAAAAUAAUUCAUUGACAGAGUCUAGUCUAAAUUUAAAUGAGAGUUUAAUCUGUGCUAAUGGAGAUGAUUCCAGCGAAAAUACAAUUAUUACAAACAAUAUUAAGUCAAAAAUUACUUUUGAAAACGAUAUCAUGGAUGAUAUUUCCAAUGAUAAAGACUCCGAUGACAGAGACCUACCUGUUUUAAAAAUUGGUGCAGAUACUAACGAUACAAGUAGAAGUGAACCAGAAAAAGAUCUUUCACGUGUUAUAGAACCAGAACUUGCUAUAGAGACCAAUUCUGAAAAUCAACUCAACAAAGGACUCAAAGAUUUAUCUGAAUUUCCACAAAAUUUAUUUGAUUGUCCUCAUUUCAAAAUACAAUAUAACAGAACUGGUUCAAAAGAAUACAUAUGUUGUAUUAAUGGUAAUAUGCAUUACAGAACUACGCUUCUUAUUUCUUUUAAAAAGCAUGUUCAAAUGAAACAUUCAGAAAAAUGGGACGGCUAUUGUUAUGUUUGUAAAGUGAUUGUUACACCGCAAGGUACACAUUUCUUUAUGGAUUGUUUGUGUCACUUUCUUGAUAAACACCUAGACGAUUUUCCGAUUUUGGAAGAAACACCUGAAAAACCUUCAAAUAUCGAAUCUGCUACAGUUACUGAAAAUCAACCUAUUCUAGUGAAACAAGAACCCAAAGUGUAUAUUAAUGUUCGUCCAAUAUCGGAUACUACCGAAUCAAAUAAGGGUACUAGCGAAUCAUAUAAGGGUAAUACCGCAGUGUCGGACGUCAGUAAAUCCCCAGUUUUAGCUGUCAUAGAAAAUGUUAUUAGUCUUCGAUCACCCUUGGCCAGUCCACGACACAGUCCAUCUCACCACACUACUAGUAAUAAUAGUGUGCCUUUCGAGAAACUGUAUAAGUAUGAAGAAGUUCAAGCCGAGAUUAUGUCUAAGAAACACCGGGUUGUCUUGGAUGUCAUGAUGUCGGAGAACAAACUAGGUCAUGUUUUUAAAUGUUCAGGACGAUUUUGUUCAUUUACAUCUGAUAGUGCUGAAGACGCAUUUCUUCAUGCAUCAACGCACGCGCGGCUUGGUGGAGAGGAUGCAUUAAAUUGUGUUUAUUGUGAUUUUGAUUGUCAUCAAAAUGCUAUAGAUUUGAUAACGCAUGUAUUUAAAAGUCAUGGAAGCUGUCAAUACAUUUGCGGAAAGUGUUUCUACCGUGCAGCUGCAGGUCAACUUGUGAAAGCGCAUCUCAAGAGGAUACACGAUGAAACUACGUCAAAUGCGAUUUUACAUACCUCAUUUAAAACUGUUUGUGAGGAAGACAUCUUACUAUCUCGAGAAAUUGCGGUUCCUCAUUACAUUUGCAAUGCUCAAGGUGAUUCCGAGGAACGCUGUAAGUUUAAAACUUAUACUCCUGGAAAAUUCUGUGAACAUCUUCAGACCCGUCACGCCUCAGCCGCUGAUUUUAAAUGUUUUAUGUGUGCCGCUAAAGUCGCGACGCCAACUGAUUUGGUACGACAUUUGAAAAUUCAUGGUUUAAAGUUAUACCAAUGUUGUUGGUGCAUUCACGGAGCUGAUAAUGAACCCGAAUUAUUAGCACACGCUUCAGUUUAUCAUCCUACUAAACUACCUAAAGCUUAUUUACGGAUUAUAACCAAUAAGGAGGGGUUAUCAGAUUUGAGAGUUUUGCCACUAGCACAUUUAACUAAAUCGAAUGUCCUCGCAAAAGAAAUUAUUAUGAGCAAAGUUAAAGAUAAUCCUGUAAAAGAGGCAGAAAGGUCCAUAGAAUUGGAAAAACUUUUGGGGCAAACCUGCCUUAAGGUUGAAACUACUGCACCGUCAGAAGAAACGAACACACAAUAUAAAGAUUUUGAGUUAAUUUUUGAUAAUGAAUCUGAAAUAAGACCCGUUGGGUUAAAUGAUGAAUCAAUUCUAACAAUGCAAUCAGAAUUUAUCCCAACCAGAACCAGCACACCCAUAACGGCAGUAAAGGAGGUUCUGUCUAAAAAUGAGAAGGAAACUUUGACGAAAAUCGAAUUAUUAAAUGUCGAAAAAACUGUUGAAAAUCAACCGGUUAUAUACUGUUUGGAUAGCGAUGAAGACAAUUCUGUUCAAAGCUCCCUUGAAUCUAAUAAUAAAGCCAGUAGAAAAGAGAUAAAAGUUGCUUUGAAGGACUUAUUUAUGUGUGCCAAAUGUAAAAUGGUUCUCAAUACCGGUGUUGGGUUGAAACGGCACAUGAUGUGGUGUUAUGCUGCCGUCCCCGAUCCUAUUUCCUGUGCUCACUGUUCAGUGAAAUUAAUCAAAAGUGAUGUCCUGAAUCAUUAUUACGAGGUGCAUAGCCUCACAGGCAAACCUCUAAAAUUUGUUUGUACUAAAUGCCAUCGUGAAUUUAAUUCAGCUGCUCUUCUUAAAGAACACCGUAAAUUAGAACAUUUUAAUAUUGCUAACAAAAAUAGUGAAGGAACUGGUGCCAAACAAGUUGAUGCUCCAAAUAAACGAAAGAGAUCUGUAGGCAGCAAAGAAAAACCGGUAGUUCCAGAAAAAAUCAGACGUUAUGGACCCCAAGACGUGGACUUACUGCCGAUUAAUCCAAUAUUAGAUGAUUUAGUAUUCUGUUCACUCUGCGAAUUUAAUACAAAAGUCAAAUUGAACAUGGUAAGACAUUUACUGUCACAUGCUCAACAACAACCAGUGCCACAGACAGCACCAGUUAAUCCGGUGCCUCAUUUAGAGACGAAUGAAAAACAUUUCGACAAAAUGGUCAAUUUAGCUUCAAGUUCUAUUGUUACUAGGACACCUGAUAAGAAUAAGACUGAGAACACCAUUGUACUCCUACCGUCAGAAGCUGCAUCGCAUUUCCCUAAAUAUGUGACAGAAAAACAGCGACUAACUUGUGGAGCAAAAGGUUGUACUUAUAUAUCUGUCGACGAGUCUAUGUUGAAGUGUCACUGGGAAACAUUGCACGCCGAUUGUAGCGAGUUUCACUGCGUACAUUGCGCCCCUCAUAAAUUUUUCGAUACGUCGCAACCGUUGACUUCAUCCAGAAUUAUCGAUCAUCUGAAAAUGCACGAUUCUGAGUUGUAUGCUUGUUCGUUGUGCACAUACUAUCACCAUAAACGCGAAAUACUUCAAAAACAUUUAGUAGAUACCCACAAGGGUGGACAAGUUAUGGUUGUAAGAGAGGGAACCACGACAACUUCUAUAACAAACCCAGUUCAAAAUGCAGCGCCCACAAUGGAUUUAAAACUAUGGCAGUGUGGGUUAUGUAACUUUAAGAGCCUCCUAGAACUCCAGGUAGUAGAUCAUUGUGCUAAGGAACAUAACUCAAAGAUGCAAUACAAAUGUGUUUUUUGUGAGUUUAGAACAUCAAAUGCAGAGAACAUAUCAAAACAUCAAGCGGAAUCGCAUCCGGAAAAACCUGAGGAGGUUUUCUAUUAUUACUAUAGAAAAGACUCGAUACCAGAUGAGCCUGGUGGUACUCCGAAGUGGCAAAAACAGAGACAAAAGAACGAAAUUUUUGAGCCUCAAUUGAAGUGCGAACCUCCAAACCUUGAUAUUCCUCCUUUACAACCCCUGUCGACACCUGUUGUUUCCACAGUAGAUUUGAAUUUAGUUAAAAAAGAAUUUAUAGAACCAAUUGAAGAAAAACUUCAAGAUAUAUGUCAUGAUUUUGGUGAAUUUUGCGACCCCAAUGGCUUAAAAUAUAUGUGUCCUUUGUGUAAAAAUGUAAUGGAAGAUGACAUAGAAACAAUUCAAUCGCAUUUGUAUGAAGAAUUGAAAUAUAGGAAGUGGGGUUGCAGUAUCUGUUCUUAUAAAGCGUUUCAUAAAGCCGGAUUAAGUGAGCACAUGCAAGUAGAACAUUGUCAGAAUAGAGAACCGAUAGCUCUACAAAUUGAUCACCGAGUUGAGACGUGGGUGAAUAAGUUAUUGGAACACCAAACAACACUAAUUGAAAAGUAUAAAGAAAAUUUACUAAAACAGAAAGCUGAAAUUUUCCGAACUGCUCCGGAAGUUAACAAAAUUCAGUCACAUCAAAUGGAAUUAUCUCAGAAUACAUCGAAAAGCAAUAAUUCAGACAUUUCUAUUGAGGAUUUUAAUAAGAUAUUUGGAGCAAUUGGUGCACCGGUCAAUCGUUUGUACUGCUGUCCCAAAUGUGGCGCUACGUUUAAAGAGGAGGAUCUCAUGCAAAAUCACCUUGAAAGCGAGCUAAACAAAAUAAGAUGGUUCUGCAGUACAUGUUACCUGACCUUCCAGACUUUUCACGAAGCGCAGUUUCACUGUCGAAGUGCUCACCUGUCUCUUCGCCCUGCAGCUCGGCCCAGUGAAGCACCCCGAGACCCAAUUGCAAGGGACAACUGGGUCAAGACCGUACUCGCAGUACAAAGGCUCGGCAUGGCAGAAGAACCCCAAGCACAGACGAGUCCCAAGAAAGAUUCCAGACUCGAUGAAUCUUUGCUGGUCGUUCGUUAUGAAGAAAAUAUCCCUACCCCGGAUUUCCACCAACCUCAAGUACCUAUUCCCACAGAUAGUGAUGAAGAGAAAUUAGUUAUUGACGAACCAGUUGAAAAGGAUAUAGGCGCUUCUUGCAGUCGGAAUUGCACUAUUUGCGGGCAAGUGAUACCGCAGCGCGAACAGAUGCGCAAGCACAUUCUCAAACAUUACAACCUUAAACCGUAUUCUUGCGGCUAUUGUUCAUUUAAUGGAACUAGAACGGCUGUUAUUAAUCACCAUAAGAGAUACCAUGCUCCAGAAACCUUGCGUUUAAUGAGCGCAUCUAUACCAAAAGUGCCACCACAAGAAUAUGCUAAAAAACCUAGUGCGAAUGUUAGCAGUGUUAUAUGUCUUGUGUGCAAAAAAAGUAUCAUGGAAUCGGAAGUGAAAGACCAUGUCCACCCUACAGAGAUCGUAAGCUAUGCCAAGAUGGGUGAUGUUGUUUUAAAAUGUACUGUUUGUUCAGCGCUAAGUAAAGAUCUUAAUACACAUUUGAUGCACCAGCAAAAGGUUCAUAAGAAAAUGAAAACUACAACUUAUACAUCCUUGACAUUUAACCCUGCUGAAGACAAAGAGGAACCUAUGUCUAGAUCUUACCACAUUUUUUACCAAUGCAAUAAGUGUGAAAAGAAAUUCUCAUCAAUGAAAGAAUUAAAAGUUCAUAAAACAACUAACUGCUCCGAGACUUGUAGAAUGCCAAUAGUUAGUAUAAAUAAAAUGAAGAUAGACGAUAAAGACAAAGUAGGAAAGAAACGUAAAAAUGAUGAUAAGUCUAAUAAUACUAGUAAGAAGGUCGCAAAAAAAACAACCAGAACAUCUCAAAUCAAAAGAUUUGAUCUUAAAUCAACAACAAGAUUAUCUACGGAUGGACAAGAUAAGGGAGAAUCAAGUAACAAACCUAAUGAAGAACUAAAUUGUUUUAAAACAAUGAUACCAGUCUGUAAUAAGCUGGUACCAGAUACAUCUAACAUGUUGAACAAUAUUAAAGAUAAAAAACCUGUUGUGGUCGUUGAAAAAAUUAAUAUGGAUGAUAAGAAGUAA